AUGCCUCCCUCUCGCUGUGGAGCCACGGCUUCCAGCCCUCAUUCGGUUGAUGAAACGACAUUUCGCGGAACACCAUCUACCAAUCCUACCUCCUUUACCCCAGAAGCUGACACUUCCACCAAGCAUCGUGCUCCAAACACAACUCCUCGUCAACUCAAUGUUGGCACAUCCGUAAGUGCUGUUGGCGAUGUCUUCUUGGAUGCACCCAAUCCUACCAAUGACCCGCAUCUUUCUCCUCCUAUCGAAGUCUUCACCCCAGGAUUACACGAUGACUUCAACCGUGCCACUGCAACUCCUCCAGCUGCUCGCCUCGCCGGCUUGACUCUCACUACUCGCCCCGUUGAUCCUGUUCCUGUCUAUCAAGUUCCUCGAGACAUCUCUGCUAAUGGGAACCUUGGUGUAAGACCCCUAUUGAAAGGAAGAACUUCAGAGCGCAACGCUUACGGUCUAACUCAGGAGCAGCCCCAGCCUGUUGGAAUCAUUGGUGGCCCUCCUCGUCUUCCUGGUCUCGUUGCCGAUGAUCCCAAUAUUCUUCGAGCGGAACUCGGUGCUCUCGACAUUGGUGACUUGCAAGUCAAUGCUUUUGGCGGUAUCUACCUUCACGACGUUCGCUAUUCAGAAGGAUCCUUCAGCACCGAUGAGAAUGUCACCCGUGCCUUCGCCGUCAUCGGAAAUCCGGACAGCUUCCGUUCCAGCAAGAUCGCUACUGCAUUCAAGCCUACAACAUUCCCUUCCGUCAAAACCAUCAGUGCUUCCCAGAUGAUUCACAAGGGACUCUUCACCGUCUCAUUUGCGGACGUUCGUGAUGCAAAGAAGGCUUAUGAUGUCUCCAGCACCGUUCUUCCCUUGGCACGUGUCAUUCCAUUGUCUCCAAAAGCACUUGCUGCUGAUGAGGGCAAGGAUCCAUACCAAGUUAGCGACUUCGAAGGUCAGGCCAUCGUCAAUGUCUAUUUCAGCUCGUAUUCCACUGCUCGGCCCAUGGAAGCUGCACCAAUUGUUGCCGAGAUCAAGCGACUCCUGACGCAAUGUGGUGACAUCAAGGCUUUCCAUACCAUGCCCACAGCUCAGAAUCAUGUUCGAGAGUUUCGUAUUGAAUUCUACAAUGCCAAUCAUGUGGACAUUGCCAAAGAUGUCAUCACCGGAACAGUGAUUCGUGGUGCCGUCUUGGGCCUUGAACCUUUCCAACCAGAUGUUCGUGAUGCCUCUCAGCUUGCUGAGAAUCCUCAAGAGUACCUCUCAAUCACUGGACGUUCCACGGUUCCAUUUGAUCCAGACUAUGACCGUCUCGCCUUUGUGAUUCAGCGUGAUGCUCUUCAGCAAGGUCGUCGUUUCAAUCAGAAUGGCAACCAUAAUGCUAUUGACAUUGUUCGCAUCCGACUCGGCAUUGAUGUUCGAACUACAGUCAUGCUUCGCAACCUCCCAAAUCGUGUCAAUCAGCAGAUGUUGAAGGCCAUUCUUGAUAUCACCAGCUUUGGAUGCUACGACUUCAUGUACCUUCGCAUUGAAACAGACUUCGCGAACAACUGCAACGUUGGAUACGCAUUUAUCAACUUCAUUGAUUUCGCACUUGCCCGCUCCGGAAAGCGCUGGAAUUGUUUCUCCUCUGACAAGAUUGCCGAAGUGUCCUAUGCUGCCAUUCAAGGCCGAGACUGCUUGAUUCAGAAGUUUCGCAACUCGUCCCUCUACAUCGCUGGUCACGUUCCCAACGCUGGUCAGGAAGAACGAUUUCCAGGACCUGACAAUCAUUCCAAGAUGCGCCGUUCUAUUGAGAACGCUGAGCACGUCGGUCUGUACAUCCCCCGUGAUUCUGGAAAUUUAACAAAUCGCCGAGGUCUUCGACGGACUGGAAAGUUCAUUGUGGAUGAUAAGCGUCGUCAAGCCUUUUAUCUUCCUCCGGCUCGUACUACUCCCAAGACUAUUGAGAAUCCUGAUGAUUCUCCAUCUCCCAGUCGAGCCGCUCUUCCGUUUUUGGUUGAUAUCAACAGCCUAUAUGAUCCUUUUUCUGGCAUUCCUCGCCCUUGA